AUGAGUUAAGAUAUAUCCUCAUCAUUUAUCUAAUUUAGAAGGUAGAUUUCUUCUAAAAUUAACAAUUCUCCUCUUAAAAACUAAGAUAGAUAUAUGACACCUUUAUAAAAAUCAAAUAAUCCAGUUGGUCUUCUCAAAUAAUCUAUAACUAAUAAUCUAACACGCUUAAAACUUAAAUCAACAAUUUGCAGUAAAAUAUAUAAUAAUCACUAGAUAUAGGAUUAACACCUAAAAGGAAUUCUAAUAUAUAGAAACUACAAAAUUCCUAUAAUAAGAGAUAAAGUGAAACUCUUAAAAGUCCAAAAACAUCAUUAUAUUAUAGUCCUUCAAAUUGCUAAUAAUCAUAUCUUUAUUAAUUAUAAUAACCUAGUACUUAUAGGUAGAAUGACUAUUUAAAGUAAUAAAAUGAAAUUAGAUAAUACUCUUGCAAAUAUUCAAAAAUAAUGAAUGAUGAAUAAGGUCAUUACUACAGUUAAUUAUAAGCUAAAUUGGACUAGUUAUCAGAUGCAAUUGGAACUAAGAUUGAUAGAUAGUCAAAUUUAAUAGAAAUAGACAAUCUGAUUAGUUUAUCUCAAAAAAUUAAUGAAAAAUCAAAAGUAGAAAAAUAUAUAGAUAUUCUACAAUUUGAGAGUAAAGUUUUGCAAAAUGAUAUACUUAAUAUUAGAUCUAAGCAAUAAAGAUUUUUAAAUUCAAAUGAAAAUUGA